UCGCUCUGUUCCACCAUCAGUCCAAAGAAGCGGAGUACAGAAGAACAUCGCAUCACGUCUUGGUUGAAGAUUCAGCGAUGAAAAGGAUGCAAACACCAAAAUAAGAUGCGCGCACCAGAAGAUGGCAUCCUGGCGCGUCUGUCUGCAUGCACAAUGAGCUCAGUGCCUGUGUGGUGAGGACAUCAUAGCACCAGUGAAGAUGUUCUGCGCCAGGCUGAAGGAGCUGAAGAUAACCGGAGAGUGUCCUUUCUCCAAAAGCGACCAGCAUCAAGAGCAGGAGAAGGAAGAAGAACAGCUGCGUGGAGAUCCCGGGGAGAGCUCGGCAGCGCGCGGCAGGAGGAACGCGCACGAACCCGCACAGAGGAGCACCAGAGCCAAAGUGAACCUGCAUACCCUCGGAGAGAGCAUUCGCAAACUGGCGUGUCCCCAGUUCCAGAGGCUGCACGCUGCCCUCCAAAGUAUGAUGAAACAAAGAGAAUCGGAAAGCAUUGCCGUUUGUUGCACAGACUGCAGAGAAGAACCGGAACAUUUAAUGAAGAUGAUGAACACUUACUCAACCAAAACAGCCAUUCCGAUUGAAGCCUUGAGAGUGUCCCUCGGCGAGGAGCUCUUCCAAAUGUGCUACGAGGAGGACGGUCACAUUUUACGGGUGGUGGGGGGCGCGCUUCACGACUUCCUCAACAGCUUCAACGUGCUCCUGAAGCAAAGCAGCGCGCCCCGAGUUGAUGGAGGAGAUUGUUUAAAUCAAGCAUCCGUGCUGUGCAUAGACAAAGAUCCGGGUCUGCUUACUGUCUACUUCUUCAACCCUCACCCCACUACUGAGCUCUUCUUCCCUGGGGUCAUCAAGGCAGCCGCCCGUUUGCUCUAUCACACCACCGUGGAUGUGCUGAUGGACCCGCCCAGCACCAAAGACAGCAUCCUUCAAUCCAACCCGCAGCACAGUCUUCUAUACACUGUGGUGGUCAAGGGGGAUAAAAACCUGAGCCCCAGUCCUCUGCGGGCGAGCUCAGCUGGGACCCUUCCUACCUCUCUGUUUUCCACUAUCUUUCCCUUCCAUCUUAUCCUGGACCAAGACCUGGUUCUGGUUCAAAUCGGACACGGGCUCAGGAAGAGACUGAGCAGGAAGGACAGUCUCAGGCGGGCUUUGACUUUCCAAGAACACUUCUCCAUUGUGUGCCCUCAAAUCAAAUGUACCUUUCAAGGCAUCCUGACCAUGCUCAACACCCAGUUUGUCCUUCGGAUCAAGCAAGGGGUCUCCGGAGCGGACAACACAGUAAAGCUCAUGGACCUCAAGGGCCAAAUGAUCUACGUUUCCGAGUCCAACGUGAUCUUGUUCCUGGGUUCGCCGUGUGUGGAUAAGCUGGAGGAGCUAACGGGGCGCGGGCUCUACCUGUCCGACAUCCCCAUUCACAACGCGCUACGUGACGUGGUUCUGGUCGGAGAGCAAGCCAAAGCGCAGGACGGCUUGAAGAAACGUCUCGGGAAAGCCAAAGCGGCAUUGGAGCAGGCCCACCGGGCGCUUGAGGAAGAGAAGAAAAAGACAGUGGACCUUCUUUUCUCCAUCUUUCCCGGUACCGUAGCUCAGCAAUUGUGGCAAGGCCAGACGGUCCAAGCUAAGAAUUUCGAGCGGGUCACCCUGCUGUUUUCCGACUUGGUGGGCUUCACGGCUGUUUGCUCGCUGUGCACGCCGAUGCAAGUGAUCACCAUGCUCAACGAGCUAUACACCAGGUUCGACCAUCAUUGUGGGGAGCUUGAUGUUUACAAGGUGGAGACCAUUGGGGAUGCUUAUUGUGUUGCUGGUGGCUUACAUAAGGAGAGUGACAACCAUGCAGCCCAGAUUGCAUUGAUGGCCUUAAAGAUGAUGGAGCUUUCUGAUGAAGUCAAGACUCCAACUGGAGAACAAAUACAGGUAACAAACCAGAUUCCAUAUGGCGUCAUGUUACAGAGCCUGAAUACGAUUCCGUCAAAUCCCGGAGUGGAUCGCUUUCAAUUUCAAUCAAGGAUACAGUUCAAAAGUGGGAUUAAAAAUCGAGUCGACAUAUGUCGGAUUUAUGUCAUUGUUUUUCAGAUGCGUAUCGGGCUCCACACCGGAUCAGUGCUAGCCGGUGUAGUCGGCGUAAAAAUGCCACGUUAUUGUCUUUUUGGAAAUAACGUCACCCUGGCCAACAAGUUUGAAUCGUGCAGCCAACCUCGCAAAAUCAACAUCAGUCCGACGACGCACAGAUUGCUGAAGGAGCGUCCAGAGUUUGUUUUCAUUCCCAGGAGCAGGCAGGAGCUUCCGGCCAACUUCCCAGAGGACAUUCCUGGUGUUUGUUACUUUUUAGAGGCUUCCUUCAAAACUUCACAAAUGACUCGGAAAUGAAGUCCAGCUGCUGCAGAGAAACUCCUGAAGCUCCACCUCGGUGCUUCUAUAUUAGAGUUGUCCAGAUAUUGAUGUCGCUAAGUGUUUGUCUCGCUUGCGGUCAUUUCAAAAUACAGCUGAUGGCUAAUUCCCACAAAUGAUUGACGGUCCCACCGAGUACGUACAUCACAGUUCCCAUUUGAGAGUUAUAAAUCUACCCCAACCAUCAAUUCCCCCCCAACUUCACAGAGACUAUUUAAAAUAUUAUACACUGUGGAAUUCUCAAUGUUUGUCGCCGUGACCGUGACACUGGUUUACUUCCAAGUUGUUGUCAUUGAAAAACGAAUUUUCCCAUGGUGAAUAAGUCAACUCAUUCCAGGUUCACACCGUUGACACCAUAAAAUUGUUAUUUACUGUAUUACGCAGGCAAUGUUUUAAUGAACAUCAAAGGUAACCAUUGACACAUAAAACUAAAACUCGUGUAACAUCACACGUGAUAUUUGCAACUUUAAGUUUUGGUUAAUUUUCAAGUAAUAGAUUGUUUUUCAGUGUGUGUGUGUAAUCUAGUUUAAAUUGUACCAAUUUUUGGCAUUUCAAUUUAAGAGGUUCCACAUUACAAGCAAUGUUGUGUAAAGGUCAUAGUAGCAAUUUCACGCAACCCCAACAAUGCAAUAAGUAGCUUGAUGGUCCUAUUAUCCAUCGGUACAAACACUCACUGCAGGAUUAAUCAGUUCUAAAAGUGUUAAUAAUGAUUCAAACCCAAAUUUAAGGCACUUUUAUUAUUAUUAUUAUUACUUAAAUAUUUCAAUAUACAAAUGAAUGCUGCCAAAUAGGAUUAGUGACAUCGCUUGAUAACAUAGAUUCCAAAUGCUUUUUGGGUUAGAAUGAUCAAAUAUUUUGUUAGGAUGGGAAAGAAAUUCUAUAGAUAUUUUUCCAGUAAAUAUGUAAGCGACAUUUUCCCCCUUUUGUAGUUUUCUGUCUUCUUGCUUGCAGCUUGAACUGGGCAGGAAAAUUCCAAAAAGAACACUAAACUGCAAAUCUGCAAAGAAAGAUUUUUACAGGUUUCCACUAUCUCGAAUCAAGUUUCACAGAGCAGACUUAGGUGCCUUAUGAAAGCAGGAUAGCACAUUUUGUUGUUAAUAAAGUGGAUCACUUUUGUUUCUUCCAAUAUGAAUGCAAGCCACAAAUUCUUCCAUCAAAGUAUAUAUUUGAAAUACAUUCAUUAUACAUUCCAGUACUGCAGUUUCCUAGUAAAGUAUUUUUACUGUUUUCACUGUACACAUGUUUAUACUCUAUUUAUUACAUUGUUUCAUAGCACAAAGAGCAUAAAAAAACAAAAAUACAAUGAAUGUCCUUCGAUCACUCAUAAGGAUGUGCUUUAAUUGUUACUGUAGUGGAAACAAGAGUGCAAUAAAUAUAAGAUCAAAUGAA